GCAAGGCUUUGGGCGGUGGUUUAGUAUGCUGAGAGCCAUGGCCAUCACGACAUUUCUGGGGCUUCUUGUCCUGCCAGUCACCGCGAACCUGCGGGGUGCAGACAGGGCGCCGGACUACACACAGUGUGGGGUGCUGGGACAAUCCCACCACACAGCCACACAGCGGAUCGUUCACGGUCACGAUGCAGGGCAAUGUGUCUGGAGAUGGCAAGUGAGUUUGAGUUCGGCCACCGACGGGCAGUUCUGUGGAGGCACGCUGAUUGGCCGCGAGUGGGUGUUGACUGCAGCGCAUUGCAUCUCCAAGGUUCGCAGCGGCUGUGAAGUCCGGAGUCUGCGCAUCGGCGCAGGCACCUGGAAACGUCGUGAAAAUGUGGAUCAGAGUGACACCUCUGUGGUGAGGCGAGUCACCAAGGUCUACAUGCAUCCCUUGUACCAGGACAAUGUGGCGCAUGACUACGACUUUGCCCUGUUGCAACUGGACAAAGCAGUUCCCAUCAACCGGUGCAUCGGUGUGGCGUGCCUGCCGCAUUCUCAGGACCGCAGCGGCACCAACUGCAGCAUCACCGGCUGGGGAACCUUGGUGUCUUCGGGUCCAACACCUGAACUGCUGCAAGAGGCUUCAGUGACACUGCUGACCAACCAGAUGUGUGAGGUGAACUACACAGCGAGCAAAAAUACCAUCACUGGCAGCAUGCUCUGUGCCUCCGGCAGGUCGAAUACUGGGAUCACAGAUACAUGUCAAGGAGAUAGUGGAGGCCCAUUAGUUUGCAAAGAGACAGUUGAAACCUCCGAUGGUACGAUGGCGAGCGACCGCUACGUGCUGAGGGGUGUGACGUCCUGGGGUCAGGGCUGUGCUUACGAAGGCUAUCCAGGUGUCUAUGGGCGAGUGCAAAGUGUCCUCAGUUGGAUUGAAGAUACCAUCGAGAACAAGGUGAAGAAGGUCUAUGCUGCUGAUACCAAGGAGGAUUUCUCCAGUCUGGAUUUCGAGGGCAAGAUGUGGAAGGUGGUGAGUGGUGAAUGCACCAUCGAUGCCUCCGAUUGUUUGCUGAGCCCCGGCUUUCCGGAAGCCUAUGGCGAUUCGCAGCAGUGCAAGGUGGCUGUGAAUCCUCAGGGGGCCAUGCCCUUGGAGGUGAUGAAUUUCACCACUGAGUUGGGCUUUGAUAAGCUCUACGUGGAUUGCAAGUCCUAUUCGGGCGGUACGGGCCCCAAUGGCGUGAUCCCCAGCUCUUCCUUGUUUUGGACCUCGGAUGCCUCCGUUACAGAGUCAGGCUGGAGGAUUUGUCCGGAGGCCGUUGGACUUUUGCCAUGACGAGGCCCUCGAGGCUACUGGUAGCCACCCAGUUUUCACCGCCGGCUGUGAUGGUUGGCUUAAUUCAAGACACGAAGCAGGCAAUGCUUGGUGCGCCACUGGUUCGCAGAAGGACCUGGAAUUCAUACUAUAGCACUGCGGCUUGAUGCUUUGGCACAGAUUUGCUGCAACUUCCAGUUGUCCUGAAAGGCGUGGAAGCACGAGAAUACAGUAGAGGUACUCCCUCUCCCUCAGUUCCCUGCUUUUUUUGGCCGUAAAAGAUAUUGUGCCCAUGGUCAACAGGUCCAAUCGGUCACAAAACUGGUCAAGUGGUCAGAGUGAUCAAAGUGAUAAAA